AUGUCUUCCCUUCUGCUGAGCGCCGCAAGUGGCGGCAUUUUUGGCGCUGCUCUGACUGCAUCGGGCGUAUACUCCCCGUCCGUUAUCGUCUCACAGCUUCAGCUGGGCAAUUUUCAUAUGCUCAAGAGCUUCCUCGCUGCCAGUGCUUGCAGCGCGUUGAUCGUGGUCGGCGCGAAUCGAGCAAAGUACGCCAAACUCUCGCCCCGAUCCGACUCCUCGUAUGGCUGGUUCAUGAGAUACGAUGCAAACCUCAUUGGUGGGCUCUUACACGGUAUCGGCAUGGCCUUGACGGGUGCUUGCCCCGGGACCGUCCUGGUGCAGCUUGCGAUGGGGGUGAAAUCCGCACCGGCGGUUGCUGCUGGAUGUAUCUUGGGAGCAAUUGCCUUCGUCAAAUCGGCAGCAUAUCUCAAGCGAACGCCACCUGCGAAAACCCAUGCCGGUCCUCCCCAGCAAACCGUGCAGGAGAAGCUGGGCCUGUCCACCAACUCCAUGAUUCUCCUGUACGAGACUCUGUGUCUUGUCAUGAUCGGUGCCGCCACGUUCUUGGCACCCACGCGCGAUCACUGGCUCAACCCGAUCGUGGGCGGGCUUCUUAUCGGUGUGGCGCAAGCAACCUCCGUUCUGUUCACUCGCAAGACCCUCGGUGUUUCAAGCGCCUAUGAAGAUAUCGGGAAAUAUUUCUGGAGCGUCGUGGACGGGACGGCGGGCCCGGGCUUAUCGAAUAUCGUCUUUGCCAGCGGCGUCAUGGGCGGGUCGAAGCUCAUUUCGCAAUUCAUACCAGCGGUGUCCGAGGCAGGAGGCCCAGCGAUCAGUCCCCUCACCGCUGCCGCCGGGGGGUUCACGAUGAUAUUCGGCGCCAGGAUGGCGGGCGGAUGUGCGAGUGGACAUGGGAUCUCCGGGAUGGCCACCAUGGGCUUGAGCAGCUUCAUUACCGUCGCUGGGAUGUUUGGAGGCGGCAUUAUCACGGCUCUCCUGCUACGAUAA